UUUGUCACGAUCACCAGAAUCCUAAUAUUAAAUUUUUUUCCAUUCACGGAACCUUCAACAGGCUUUCGUUUCUGAUCCUGCGCCGUUCGGUGGAUGGAUGGGCUGUGCUGAAACUUCAGAAAGCCAAAGCGCAUAGUAGUCGUACUGCUCGGAAAGGGAAACAGAAGACUCUGAGAGAGAGAGAGAGAGAGAGAGAGAGAGAGAUGGAGAAGAUACAGCACAGCACUGCUUCUGUGAACGGAAUAAAUAUGCACGUCGCCGAGUUAGGCUCCGGCCCGGCGGUUCUGUUCCUCCACGGCUUCCCGGAGCUCUGGUACGCGUGGCGCCACCAGAUGCUCUUCCUCUCCUCCCGCGGCUACCGCGCCAUCGCGCCGGACCUGCGCGGCUACGGCGACACCGAUGCGCCGCCUUCCGCCACCAGCUACACCGCCUUCCACAUCGUCGGCGACCUCGUGUCCCUCCUCGACUCGCUCGGCCUCGACCAAGUCUUCCUGGUUGGUCACGACUGGGGAGCCGCCAUCGCCUGGUACUUCUGCUUGUUCCGGCCCGACCGAAUCAAGGCCCUGGUCAACAUGAGCGUCGCCUUCAACCCUAGAAACCCUUCGAGAAAACCUAUACCGUCCUUGCGAGCUGCUUUUGGCAACGAUUUCUAUAUCUGUAGAUUUCAGGAACCUGGAGAGGCUGAAGAUGAGUUUGCUCGUCUUGACACUGCGAAACUGAUAAAAAGGUUUCUAACAAUUCGCACACCAGGUCCUUUUUGCGUACCUAAAAGUGUUGGGUUUGGUGGCUCACCUGAUACUGAUAUCCCGUUUCCAGCUUGGCUGACAGAAGAAGAUCUCAAUUAUUAUGCAACCAAAUUUAAUCAGAAAGGUUUCACUGGUGGACUGAAUUACUAUCGAGCUUUGGACCUUAAUUGGGAACUAACAGCAGCAUGGACUGGAUGCCAAAUAAAGGUGCCAGUUAAAUUUAUCGUAGGCGAUGAAGACUUGACCUAUACUACUCCAGGUGCCAAGGAAUAUAUACAUGGUGGUCGCUUCAAACGAGAUGUCCCAUUUUUGCAGGAAGUGGUUGUAUUGGAAGGAGUAGCUCACUUUCUCAACCAAGAAAAGCCAGAGGAAGUCAGUGCCCACAUCUAUGAUUUCAUCCAGAAGUUCUAGCCCAAACCGUCAGCUUGAUUAUUGAUAUGGAGUUUACCUGCUUCCAACUUUUGUUAUCUCAACUUCGAUUCAAGUUUAACUAGUUGAGAGAUCUAUGAAUCUGGCCUUAGCAAGCAUGGUUCCUUUUGUAGAUUUCAGUCUUCGUUCAAGGUAAUAAGGUUCAAGCUAGUUGAGCUGUAAUUAGCUGUGAAGACAUGUUCGAGGAGGAGAAUAAAUAAUGUUGAAUAAUAAUGAUCUGAACCUCGGAUUUGCCAGUAUCGAUUGGAUUUUGUUCGUGGCUCUAUUCCCGCACUACUGAACCGAGGCCAUUGGUGGCCUAAAUACUAAAUCUGUCUCUAGCGUCUGUUUCUAUA